CAGGUAACUCAUAUCUUAUGAAAGUCUUUAAAGAUCUCGUUAUAUUCUCAGUAAGAGGAUAUAUGGAAAAAACUGAGAUGUUCCCAAAUGUUAUAAACAUGGAUAGAAGACCAACUACUUCGGAAAUUAUGAAAGAAUGUCAAAAUUUUAAUUCAUUCUAUUGUUUAAUAGAAGAAAAUAGGGAACUCUUUUGUGUAGAUUUAAAUAGUUUUGAGGAAAGAAAUAUAACAGGAAACACCAAUAGCACUGGAUUUGCCAAUUUCGUGGGGAAUUCUAGAGAAAAGCUUGCGGAUUAUUGGGAAUAUAUAAAAUGCAAAGAAAAUUUCCGAGAAAUAAGAAAGAAAUAUCUAUCCCAAGCAAUCAAGAAAGUCGAGGAGGAUGUAGAAUGGAUGGAUUUUGAUGAUGAAGAAGAUCAUUGUUUUGCGGGUGAUGGUAUAAUGAUUCUGGUAGACAAUAAAUCAGAACAUGUAUUCCCAUUAAGCGAAAAUACAUUUAUACUACCCAAUUUAGAUAAUAUGAUUAAUGAAGGAAAUAUUCUCUUCAACAAAUUCGAUUAUUUCUUAACAUCAUGUUUCUGGGUCGGUAUAAAAUCUGAAGAAGAGUGCCACCUAUUUGGAAAGAAUCCGCCAUUCCAUAAAGUAGUUGACGGUAGACACCUAAGAAGGAUUUUAUGUAAUCCUCAUCUAGGUCAGGAGGAAAUACUUACUACUAUAGAAGAUAGUAUCUAAA